AUGCCGAUGAAGCGAGUGACGCCGCCGCCCCAGUUCCGCGAUGAGCCUACCAAGGCGGCCGACAACAACAUACAGCACGAGGGUCUGCAUGGAGCUGAAGGACUGUACAAGAUACAGGCGCUGAUCGAACUGAUGGCCAAUCGCGCCCAGACGAACGAGAAUCCAGAGUAUCUGCUUCGUUGCGUUGGACUGGACUCGCAGCAGUUGCAGAACUUGAACAGUAAUAUGCUCCUCCCUCAGCUGCUGCAGUACUGCCUCAACCAGCAACGGCACAACGGCUUCAACGAGUAUGCUCCACGUGCCAAUGUCGACACUUCAAAGCCGGGCUGCUCGACUGACAGCACCUUUGUCGACCAUUCUCUGGGGUCAUCUCGAAGCCGUGGUCCGUCCCCGCCGAAUGUGAUGCUCGAUCAGGAAGGACGCUACAACGUAUCAAAGUUGGAUGUGAUGAGCGAGGAAAUUUGGGAUUUCCACAACAGCGUCGCGCAGACUGACACGACGCUCAACCGCAAGCUCUACCUGCGCGAUUUGUUGUACUACGCGAUUUGCCCGAUUUUCCCAUUAUGCGGCCUGUACGUUGUCGGCUCGUCAUUGAAUGGAUUUGGCAACAACUCUUCGGACAUGGACAUAUGCCUUAUGGUGACCAACCAGGAGCUUGACCAACGCCAUGAUGCCAUCGUCAUUUUGAACAUGGUCUUCCAAACGCUGUGCAAGGUGGAAUGGGUCAAUGCCCAGACGUUGAUUUCUGCCAAGGUUCCGAUCCUGCGGAUCACGUUCACGGCGCCCUAUUCCGAUAUUGUCGUUGACCUGAAUGUGAACAAUUCGGUGGCCAUCAGGAAUACACACUUGCUCUGCUACUACUCAAGCUUCGAUUGGCGCGUCCGGCCACUCGUCUCGAUGCGAUUUGGAAAUGAUGCGGACGUGCGCUCACUGAAUGUUUCCCAACCGCUGCCAAAUGUGGACGUUGAUGAUGGGACAAACACGGAAACGCUGGGUGCUCUGCUGCUCGGCUUCUUCAAUUACUACACCAAUGACUUUGACUUCAACGAGGAUGCGAUCUCGGUUCGUUUGGGCAAAAAAGUGAGCCGCAUGGAAGUUGUCAGUGCCCCGGCCAGUGUCAACCCACAUUGGAAGUCUCAAUGGCGUUGCUGCUGUAUUGAGGAGCCUUUCACCGGCAUGAAUACAGCCCAUUCGAUUUACAACGAGGAAGUGUUCAGUGAGAUCAAGAUGUCUUUCAAAGAAGCAUACGAGACACUCAACGAGACGCACGACCUGAGCAAACUGCUCACCGAGUGCAAGAAGAUCAACGCCAGCCAAGACCUCACCAGCACCGGCUCCACCAUCGUCCACUACCAGAAGAAG